AUGGAUUUCAAAGCUCUGUUGGUCUGUCUAUUUUGUGGUCAUGGAACAAUCUUCUUUACAUUUGCUCAUGAAGUGAUUGAAGAGUACCAUUUCAUCAACAAGUCCAAAAGCUGGAGUGAGGCUCAGCAGUACUGCAGAGAGCACUUCACUGACCUGGCCACAGUACAGAGAGCAGAGGACCUGAGCAGAGUCCACAUCCCGGCUGGUCAGGUUGCUUGGAUUGGUCUUCAUGAUGACCCUGCUGCGUGGUUUCAAGUCAUGACCAACGCCUCGAACGCCUGGAGAUGGUCUGUCACUGGGGCCACGAGCCCUGGAGGCUUCCAGAACUGGACUUUGACUGGACCAGACAAUGCGGUUGGUAAUGAAGAAUGUGUUUUGCUUCAAAGUUACACAUGGAGAGACCACUACUGCACCGACAAUGCACAAUGUCUUUGUUUCGAAGUUCUGUCUGGUGUCAAACAUUUCACUCUAGUCAAUGACAGAAGCAGGACAUGGCCCGCCUGCCAGAGUAUUUGCAGACAGAAUUACCAGGAUCUGGCUAAGAUUGAAAGUGCAGCGGAGAACCAGGCUGCAAUGGCGACUUUAUCUCAAGUGCUUAAUGCCUGGAUCGGUCUGUACAGACAAAUGUGGCUCUGGUCGGACCUCAGCAACAGCAGCUUCAGGAAUUGGAUACCUGGAUCACCCGACAACAUAAAUAAGAAUGAGCACUGUGUCCAUAUGAAUGAAGACGGCCAAAUGGAAGACGACACCUGCUCCAAACCACAAAAGUUUCUCUGUCAUGGAGUGAGAAAGGGACGCUCCGUGUUGCAGACACAGAUGAGAAUCCAGACUGACGUAGACCUGAGUGAUGCAGCCGUCUCUGAGCAGCUGCUCAAACUGGUGCGUCCAUGUCUUAUGUUCAGUCUGUCCAACCUCACUCACUCUGAUUCUUUCUGA